GUUUUUGGCACUCCGCCACCGGAAUCUGUGCUAGCCUACACGACCAGUGCUUCUAAUAAUCUCCCAACAUGUCGUCCAGCAUAGAAUUGAUCAAUCCGAAAGCUGAGAGCGUCCGUCGCGCUGCGGCACUGCAGGUGAACACGAAUGGCGCCAUGGGCCUCGCUAGUGUUGUGAAGGGUAAUCUCGGUCCCAGAGGUACCCUCAAGAUGUUGGUGGACGGCGCAGGUCAAAUCAAGAUGACCAAGGACGGCAAGGUUCUGCUGUCCGAAAUGCAGAUUCAGAAUCCCACUGCUGCCAUGAUUGCUCGUACUGCGGUCGCACAAGACGAUCAAGUCGGAGACGGCACCACAUGUGUCGUCCUUCUUGUUGGAGAAUUGCUGAAGCAGGCAGAUCGCUACAUCUCUGAAGGUGUGCACCCUACCGUCGUAGCGGAAGGCUUUGAUCUCGCGAAGAAAGAGGCUUUAACCUUUCUGGAUACGUUCAAGCGGCCAUCGAAGAUGGAUCGGUCUACCCUGAUUGAUGUCGCACUCACCUCGCUUGCCACAAAGCUGCAUGCCUUAUUAGCGAAGAAACUCGCGGCUGACGUCGUAGACGCCGUGCUAACCAUCAGGCCCCCGCCGCCCCUGAAAGACGCUAAGGACCAAUGGCAGGAACCCAUUGAUCUUCACAUGAUAGAGAUCAUGAAAAUGCAACACCGUACUGCGUCAGAGACUCAGCUUGUGCGUGGUUUGGUACUGGAUCACGGUGCGAGACAUCCGGAUAUGCCAAAACGCGUCGAAAACGCGUUCAUUCUGACGUUGAAUGUCAGCCUGGAGUAUGAAAAAACGGAGGUUAAUUCCGGUUUCUUCUAUUCCUCCACCGAGCAACGUGAAAAACUUGUCGAAUCAGAGCGACGUUUUGUGGAUACAAAAGUCAAGAAAAUUAUCGAACUGAAAAAUCUCGUGUGUGAUCAAGCAGUUGGAGUCAAAGAGAAACAGAAAAAUUUCGUCGUUAUCAAUCAGAAGGGUAUUGACCCUCUCAGUCUUGAUAUUCUGGCAAAAAAUGGCAUCCUAGCAUUGCGACGCGCGAAACGCCGCAAUAUGGAACGGCUACAGCUCAUCUGUGGAGGCGUGGCACAAAAUUCCAUCGACGACCUCACUCCAAACGUCCUCGGUUGGGCCGGCCUUGUCUAUGAGCACACCUUGGGGGAGGAAAAGUUUACGUUCGUGGAAGACGUGAAGGAACCAAAGAGUGUAACCCUUUUGAUUAAAGGCCCGAAUCCACACACGACACAACAAAUCCAGGAUGCUCUUCGCGAUGGUCUCCGAGCCGUCAAGAAUGCCAUAGAAGACGAGUGUUUGAUUCCAGGAGCGGGAGCCUUUGAGGUUGCGUGUGCCGCCCACUUGAGUGGUCCGGUUAAAAAGUCCGCAAAAGGACGUGUGAAGAUGGGCGUACAAGCAUUCGCAGAUGCACUCCUUGUAAUCCCGAAGACCCUGGCGCAAAACGGUGGUUUUGAUGUUCAGGAUGUGGUUGUUUCCCUGCAGGAUGAGCAAUCUGAAGGCAAGGUGGUUGGACUGGACCUCCAGUCGGGAGAACCCUUUGACCCUACUGUAGAGGGUAUCUGGGACAACUACAGGGUGAAGAAGCAGAUGCUGCACUCGUGUUCUGUAAUUGCAACAAAUCUAUUGUCUACGGAUGAAAUCCUCCGUGCCGGAAGAAGCUCACUCAAACCGGAAGGCCAGUCAUAGAUAGGAGCAAGCAGCGUUCCGCUACUGUCAUCGCCUACUAAUUCGCAUCGUGCUGUCGGGCUGAGAUAUUGGUCCAUGAAAAAUCUUAUAAACGGCAUUAACGAUAUUCGUACGGCUAU